AUGGUUCUCAAUGGUUCUACUCUCUCGGAUUGCAAUCUUCUCUCUCUCUCUCCGGAUUGCAAAUGGUUCUCUCAAAAUCUCUCUCUCUCUAUAUUGCAAAAUGGAAAAUCUCUCUCUUCGGAUUGCAAUCUGUCUCUCUCUCUCGGAUUGCAAAUGGAUUCUCUCACAAUCUCUUGCACUGUUCUCUCAAUAUUGCAAAUGGUUCUCAAUAUAAUCUCUCUCUCUCGGAUUGAAAAUGGUUCUCUCACAAUCUCUCUCUCGGAUUGCAAAUGGUUCUCUCACAAUCUCUCUCUCUCUCUCGGAUUGCAAAUGGUUCUCUCACAAUCUCUCUCUCUCUCGCGAUUGCAAAUGGUUCUCUCACAAUCUUCAAUCUCUUCGGAUUGCAAAUGGUUUUCAUUGCAAUCUCUCUCUCGGAUUGCAAAUGGUUCUCUCACAAUCUCUCUCUCUCCUCAGAUUGCAAAUGGUUCUCUCAAAUCUCUUCGGAUUGCAAAUGGUUCUCUCACAAUCAGCAAAUGGUUCUCUCAAAUGGUUCUCUCAACAAAAUCUCUCUCUCUCUCUCGAUUGCAAAUGGUUCUCUUAUCUCUCUCGGAUUGA